AUGGUCGGCAAUGUUGUCUCAAAUGUCGCUGCUAUGAGCCAAGGAGAACGAAAGUUUGCACAGGUAGAGAGGGCUGCCGAGGAGCUCGGCAUUCGCCUCGCGGAGUUGCAUGACUUCCUUGCCACUUCUGACGGUGAUGCUUUCAUGACCCAGCUUUCUGGGGUGGCUGGUCCCCAGCAAAUCUCUUCUGGUGAUGACCACACCCAGGAGCCACUCUCCCAAGAGCCUUCUUCACAGGAGAAUGCCCACCAGGAGCACGCUUUCGAAGACAGCUCUUCCUACGAGUCUUCCUCUUCAGAGCAGUCUUCUCAGGAAGCCUCGUCAGAGGAGGGAUCUUCUGAGGAGAAUGUCGAAGCACGUCCUAUGACAUUGACUCUCUUAAACACCCCGCCAUAUGAGAACUGA